GAGCGUGCGAUGCGAAUGUCCCUGUGUCGUCCGUAAUACACAGAACGUACGUGCGACCAUCCGUUCCGAUUGGCAACUGGAAUUUUUUGGCGUCCGUCUUGCCGAGAUCAUGCGCAGAUAAACUGAAUUUCGAGAAAAACGCGUGGGACGCCAUUUUGAUAUAGUGCUUUGUACCAUAGCAUCACAACUUUUCCAAAAUGCAAAUACUGGUGUGUUUUUGUUGAGUGCGCGCAAAUCGCCAAUGGUUUCUAUGGAUUUGAAAAAUGUGGCUGCGUAGUGAGAAGAAGAAUAAAUGUUACUCGAAUCUGUUGGCGAAAUCAAAAAAAUUGGGGAAAACCAUAUCAAAAUCCACUUGGCCUGCAAAAGCGGCCCGAUCGAUAAAUUUGUACAAGAAUGUGCACAAAAAAACGUUUGCCAGUUUAGAGAAGCCCAAAGCCGAAAUUGAUGCCGUUUCGGAGGAAUGUAAGGAAAACUACCAGGCACAAGUGGUACCUGAUUUGUGCGAAAACAAAAAUGUGAGCGUCGUUGAGAGCGCCAAUAACACGUCGGUCGCGCUCACGACACCGCCACUUCCGCAAGAGCCCGCCGCGAAAUCUUAUGAAUUCUACGAUACUAGCUGCGGUAGUUCGUACCAGAAACCGCAUAACACCCUAGAAAACGCAGAUCUUCCAAAAGAAAUCGAAUAUUCCUCACUGGAACAACAGCACAGUCUACAUGAAGAGACUUUUCCGGAAAAGAUGCAGCUCCGUUUGGCAGACAAGAAGUCUUGCGACAAGUUCAACACGUAUGGCAUGUUUACGGACAAGAUCUGCGAAAACAUGUACUUUGAGAACAUGUACGCGGCUCUAAAGAACGACUAUCCUGACAUGCAAUUGGACAUCGGCGAUCUCAGCAACGUGAAUACGCAAGAGCUCACCAACAUUCUCGACGAAGAGAUGGCCAAGAACGUGACGAUGGGCAACAUUGUCUACGACUACGCCACCCUGUAUCCAUCUAACGUGCCCAACAACCAGCUUAUAGCCAGCGUCGAAUCGACCGAGGAACGACUGGACCAUCAACCGGGACACGUAGAAGUCCAGGACUCUUGGGAAGCCUUCGAUCCGUACCUGUUCAUCAAACACCUGCCUCCACUUACGUUGGAGAUGCGGUCCAAAUGUCCAGCACUGCCGCUUAAAACUAGAUCGAGCCCGGAGUUCAGUCUGGUACUAGAUUUGGACGAGACUCUAGUUCACUGCAGCCUACAAGAGCUAACCGACGCCAGUUUCCACUUCCCGGUGUUGUUCCAGGACUGCUCGUAUACGGUGUACGUGCGUACCAGGCCCUUCUUCCGCGAAUUCAUGGAGAAGGUGUCGCAGAUGUUCGAAGUCAUACUGUUCACUGCGUCCAAACGCGUCUACGCCGACAAGCUGCUCAAUCUGCUAGAUCCGGAACGCAAGUGGAUUAAAUAUCGGCUGUUCCGCGAACACUGCGUUUGCGUCAACGGUAACUACAUCAAGGAUUUGAGUAUCCUCGGCAGGGAUCUGAGCAAGACCAUUAUCAUCGAUAAUUCGCCACAGGCCUUUGGAUAUCACUUGAAUAACGGGAUACCGAUUGAAAGUUGGUUUGUAGACAGGACCGAUUCUGAAUUGAUAAAACUGUUACCGUUCUUAGAAAACCUUGUGGAGUUGAAAGAGGACGUUAGACCUCACAUUCGGAACAAGUUUAAGUUGUUCAGUUAUCUGCCGCCAGACUAAAGAUAAUUAUUAUUAGACAAUCUCAAUAUUACUAAUAUCUAUGUACUUUUCACUAAAAUUGUCUUAAAGUACUGACUGACAUUGUUUUAACAUAAAAUUGUAGGUUUUUCUAAAUUAUAAGCAACUGAGGUGCCUUUUCGGAACGUCUUUUGUAGAUUUUAACAAUCAUAUUUAAUUAGAAUAAAACAAUUAGUGAUCAAUUGUGCAAUACAGAUUAGUUUUAUCGUGACUGCUUUAAAAAUGAGAUUUAGUUAGGCUACACUAUAUAUUGUUGGCAAAGACAUGUAUUUAUUGUACAUACAUUUGUUGGUCAGUAUUUUAAUAAAAUCCAUCUUAUUUAAAUAAAAAAUAACGUGUACAUAGGGGAUCAAAAUUUAGUACAGUCUAGAUUUCUUGCCAUAUAAUUAUAGGAUGAUUAUAGAAUAGUUGCAAUAUUGUGCACAAAAGUAUUUUAUUUGUUGUUAUAUUUUAGAACCGAAUAUAUAUUAUACGUAAGUAUUAUAUCUACAUGUUGUAUGUUUUAUAUUUUAUUAUCGCAUUCGGCAUAUUUAAUUUAUUAACAUUUUUCGAAUAAAUAUUAUGUUGUUGCAUUCCGGUUUAUGUGAUUAAAGUAUAGAAUUGAAAUUUAUGUAUUAUAUCACAAAACAUGUUUACUUUUAAAAUUGUUUAUUUCAUUUUAACAUAAAUAUAGUUGGCACUUGCCAUGAUACCCAUAUGAAACUUGUUACAUAAAAUAUUUAUUAAUUUACUAUUUUCAUGGUGUUUUCGAGGUUCCCUCAUUGGAUGGUUUUAACAAUCUUCUUUUGUGUAAUCUCCUCUUCUGAAAUGAAAAGUGUUUGUUUAUUAAAUUAUGCCAACUAUUCCAGGAAAAAUAAUAUUUUAUAAAAACUAACAAAAUUAUAUGUGAAAUUUGUAUUGUUCCAAAAGUUUAUUUUGCUAGCUAUAAAUUAUUUAAAUAUUUAUUUAUGUUUAUAACAUGUUAUGUACUUAUUACUGUUUCAUUUUGUUUUUGAUAUUUGUUAAUGAACUUCAAAUAUUUUCUUUGUUGUUCUGUGCCGUGUCACAUUUACCGGGAUUGGUCGCCCGCAUCUUCACGGUUUGUGUAUGUAAUUGCUAGGAAAACCACAGUAGAAAUACAAAACUGAUUCGCACCCAAACUCUUCUUGUGGAUAAUCUGAAAUCAUUUAACAUGAGAGUCUUGCGUGUUCCUUCCGUGUAAGUGUGAAGCGGUACAAAUUGGUACGUGUACACCUACAAACAAAGAUAAUGCAACUAAUUUUAAUUUAUUUUAUAUUAUCAUAGAAUUAUUGAUACUUUUAAAUGAAAUUAAUUGUUAAUUGCAUUAUUAAUUCCUUGACUGUACUGUUGUGUUGACUGUUGUAUUUCUCUGAAACUUUCAGUGAUGAAUGAUAUAAUCGUUUUUAGACUUCAAAAAUUAUCUUUAUUUUUUAUACUAUUUGCGGUGUUUGUCCCGCACUGUUUUUCACAUGUACUCAUUUUUAUAUUUAAUAAGCGAAAUCCUAUUUAAAUAAUUUUCCUUGUUGAUACUAUUGAAAAUUGUUGAAUUCGAUUCAAUAAACUACAAUUAAAUAAUU